AUGAAAAUCAGCGUCGAAUUAAUCCAAAGGUCUCCUCAGUACAUGAACGCUCUUAGAGAGCAUGAAAUUUCUUUGCGUGGCUUAAAAAUCCCUCACAUUGAAAAUCUUGGGGCUACACUGGUAUUUUUCACAUAGGACCAUUUCGAAUGCAUUGAUCUCAGCCAUAAUGAAAUCACAAAGCUUGAAGACACCGCUCCGCUCCGACGUCUCAACACCAUUCUUCUUUCCUACAAUCAUAUUUCUAGGAUUUCUCCCCAAUUCGGCAAAAAUCUUCCAUAUCUUGAAAAUUUAGUUCUCACAAACAACAAUGUAAUUUCUAUUCAGAUCAGAGAUUUCUCUGAAAUCGCUAACUUAACCAACUGUAAAGCUCUCAAGCGUUUAUCUCUAGUAGGAAAUCUCGUUACUCAGCUCCCCAACUAUCGCUACUAUGUGAUCCAUAAGCUCCCACAGCUUGCAGUAUUGGAUUUUCACAAAGUAAAACUGAAGGCAAUUCUCUAGGUAGGAGCGGCAACGAGCUGCAGAAAUAUUUGGCACUGAAACGGCGGAGGAAGAAGAGAUUCAAGCAAUAAUUGAAAGACAAAGGAAACUAGAAGAGGAGAAGUCGAUUUUUCACGCAAGGGAAAGCUUGCCUGAGUAUCUUAAAAACGAUGGCGAAACUUUAAAUAGGUAA